CCAACAGCCGUUCACGGAUAAGCUGGACGCGACCCGGACGUAGUUGAUACUUCGGUUAACGAGAGCCAGAGAAGCCUAUGAGCGAAAGAUAUGCACUUCCACUUUCUGAAAACAAACACUGUUCGCUCGCGUAUCGUCACUCGGCCUUUCAACAGAUGGAUUGUGCAACAGUAGGCCAUGGAAGCUUGGUGUUCCGUAUCGGUUAACCCGGUGGUGGCUGACAAUUCUACCAGGGUCCGAAAUUACCCCAGUUGGAACCAAGCCAGGCAGUCUACGUGUUUGUUUAUUCUUAAAAGCAAGUAGAAUUCGAUUCAACCUUGGAAACAGUUAUCUAGGCAAGCUGAAAACAUUUGAUGUACUCUACGAGACAACUAGCUGCUUUAUUAUAUUGUAUGGAAACUUACAUACAGUCUGCAUUAGUUAAUGGGACGGUUUGUUUCCGAUAACUGACAGCCCUUCUCUAAAAAUCUCUAAGCCAGGUGUUAUUCAUUCGAGUGGGUUGUUUCGAGCAGAACAGCAAUCAAUAUAGAAAGGUAGGCGGGAAUUGCAAUAGCCAUGGAUAACAAUGGGACAUUUCUGUCCCCUCGAGGGCGAUCCCCUCAAAAGCUCGGACCGACAGCGGGAUCUGGUUUGGGCGCUAUUGUUGUUGCACAGCAAAGUUCUCCGCCUCCCACGGCUCCAGCGGCACCUCUGAUCGAGGAGGAAACUCGAAGUUCAUUUACGGAUCAGCCGCCUUCGAAACCUCCUUCUCCAGUUGGAGAACCCCCUCUCGAGGAAACCGGUACUCCCUCCCAGAGUAUGGAUGGAACAGAAGAUUCGAAGAGUGGAAAAACAGCCAAGAAAAAAUUGAGAUGUAGCGAUUUGCAAAUUGCUGAACAGGCACUCGCUCGUCAUGAUACGCUUUUAGAACAUGAUUGGCCACCGCUGUCUGGUCAGACUUGGGUUCUCCAAGAUAAUUUGGCUGAAUUCGUGGGCAUCAAAAAUAUUAAAAGACGUUAUCCGGAACUAACACGACGUAAUAUUGAAUCCGACGAAAGGGAAUUUCUUCGAGCGAAAGGAUAUGUCACCGAUAUGCAGUGCGAUCUGGGACUCGUAGCACUUCGUUGGGAUGAAGUUGGUGAGGUGAUCGCACGAGAAUUCCCUGAAAAAUUUUCAGAAUGGGAACAGCAGAGGAAAGAGCGCGCCAAAAAGAUCCUUCUUGAACGAAAAGCCGCCCAAUCUGCACCACCUGCACAGAUCGAUAAAGCUAAAAUGGCUGAGAUUGGCAAAAAAGCAGUUGAAGCCGUAUACGAAUAUAAUAUAAGAUUGAAUACCGAGCGUAUCGAGGAGCGAAGCACAAUAUUCGAUCUUCAAACAUACACACUUCUCUAUCCUGCUCAGAGACGGAAGGUGUUCGCCAAGCCGAAACUGGGACGUUACCCCGUAGCAAUUAUUCCGGGACAAUAUCAGGAUUAUUAUAGGGCUUAUACCCCACAUGAGCUAAAAUAUCUGCCAUUGAGCACGGUCUUAUACGGGCCAGUAAAGGAAAUAGAUAAGCAAAUGUUAGACCAGAUGGCGGCUGAGGAGGCGGCUCGUCAAGACGAGGAGGAAGAGACUGGGGGCGGAGACUGCUCUAAUUCGGAGUGCGACGACACCUGUCAUCCCGAAAGCGAAGAAAGCGAAGAGGAGCCAGACGAAAUAGGGUCUAACAUUAAGGCAAACUGGUAUGAAACAACAGAAAGACGUAAGCUUAUAUGCAAGGACUGUGAGAAGGAUGCCCCAGGUCUCAUGUUCCGCUGCAGUGAUUGUAGUAAAUGGCAUCACUUGCGGUGUCUCGAUCUGCCAUCAGCCGAGCCCGAAUACUUGAAGAAAUAUUCUUGGCAAUGCAUGGAAUGUAAAACAUGUUUUGUGUGUAAGCGGCCCGACCAUGAAGACCAGAUGAUUUGUUGCGACCAGUGUGAUCGUGGACACCACACGUUCUGCGUUGGUUUGUUUAAACUUCCGCCCGGAGGUUGGGUUUGUCGGCACUGUGGAGAAUGCCACCAAUGUGGCGUGUACAAGCCGGAUUGGUACGAAGAAGAUGAAGAUGCUCAGUGGGUGCACGAAUAUAAACGAGGGCCCAUCUCCAUUAAAGAAAAGCGUAAGGUGUAUCAGAUAUAUUGCACAAAGUGUCGUACCCCACGGCCACGUAAACCUCGGCCAUCCUACCUGAAUAUAAAGAAAGAAAAUGACGAUGGAGCGCCCGGGACAAUAGACGAUAAAGCAGUCACAAGUGAUUUGACGGAGGAUCAAGAAAUGAAAGACACUGAUGGAGAUUAUAAGGAUUCAAAAACAACUACUGAAAAAGACUCAAAAGCUGUCAAAGAUGCCGGUGACAAUUCGAGAGAUAGUGGUGACCAGAUUAAAAAAGAACAGAAUGACGUAAAGCCCGAACUCAAGGAUGUUGCGAAAUCGGAAGUUUACUCGCAGCUGGUGCUGCCGGCGACACCGUCCGCUUCAGUGGCACCAGCGUUACCGUCUACACCCUUAACUGGCGUGUCAUCAAGAGGACGGCCAGUUAGGAGGGCACGAGGAAGAGGUCGUAGAACAUUGGCAACGCCCAGGUCUCAAGAAAACACGUCUACUCCAAUGGAAGAAUGAUAGAACAAUCCAUCAGCGAUUUGUUCUGAUUGUGGUAUGCCAUGGUUUAGCUAAUAGUUUACUUUUGUAAAAAGUUGUGUCAGUAUAAUUCGUGUACAUACGCUAUGCGUAAGAUCUAUGGUAAAGCCGUGAGAUAAAAAAACAGUUCUCCGCGUUUCAAAAAUAUCUCUUUGUUUUCCAGCUAACAUAAUAGCAUGUACAUAUAAAUUUGUUCUUCUAAGUAAGUGUUUGUUCACAUACAUAGUGUAGUAUUCAUCCUUGGUAUCCCCCUUUUUGUAUAUAUUUUUAUACAUAUUAUGUGAAUUUCAACUAUUCAGAAGUAUAUAUAUAUGCUUAUAUAGAAGCAGUUAUCAUUGGGUUGACAUCUGGGCGGAUAUGGUAAGUAUCACAAAAUUUUGAAAGGCAAAUGUAUUAACCGAUGAUAUUUUAUAAAAAGUUGCUUUAUAAAGGAGUUUAUUCUAUGAGCCUUUUGUAGCCACUUUGCUAAGAUAUGAGUUCAAAUUUGGAGUUGAAAGCAAACGUUUUUUUUUUUUAAUAAACUAGAGUUUCAAUCAUUCUUUGAUUAUCUCUAAAAGAUGAAAUUAUUAAAAUAUAUGAGGACAUGAUCUAAAAAAAAAUAGCCAUAGACCGCCUUGAAAAAAACACGCAAAAUUUGUUGAAAAGGAAAUACGAUUUUUACUUAUUUUAAGCUUGUUAUAUUUAGUCUUUUCAACUAGGUUUUACUAUUUCAUAAAAUACUAUUUCAUUUCUUACAAAAAUUGUUGUUUCAUUUUGAUUCGGCUGAUUUGUCGCUCAAGCAAUUUCAUUGUUUUUUUUUUUAAUAUCGAAGUUAUCGCAUUUUGUAGAACAAUUAGUCCCACAAAAAGCCUGAUCUUAUGCUCUGUUUGGCUUCUAGAAUGAAGAUUUCCAAUGGUAUAGUGCUUAAUAAUCAGCAAAUAACACCCCGGGAACGGAAGCCAGUGAACAAAGACCACGAAAAGUAGAUUCAAAAUGUGAUCCGUCGGUUAAGUUACGUUCUAUAAAUCUUUUCCUUGGUUGCUUUGUCUAUGGAUUCCCUUCUCAAUAUAAAGACUUUGUUGUGUAGUUGCCCCGUACACACAACUUUGCAAGAAUUUUUUGCCUGUAAAAACUGAAACCUGUCAGAAGCAAUACGUCCGAAAUAGCGUGGUGUAAGAGCUUCCAGUAUAAAGUAUAUUUAUAUUCACAGUAGUAACAUGAACUUCUAAAAACAGUGUAUACUAAAACAAUUGUAAUAAUGGUGGGCAGUGAAGUGUUACCAGUAUCCUCUAAAGAAAGCUUUUAGGAAAACUCUUAGUCUAUACAGCUCAACUAAACAACGAAAUUGCUGCAUUAGAUUUACGUUUUUAAUUUAAUAUUGUUUUACUUUUCCAGAGUUUUAUGGCCCCUGCUUUUUCGAAAAUAAGGUUCCUUAGUAUUGAAUUUGACAUGAUACGUAAUCAUACUCAGCUGUUGUUGGAUGCAAAUACAAUGCACAUGUACAUAAAUAUAUCGGCUACAUUUUAGGAUUACUGAAAGAAGAAAACAUGUGGUCUACAGUAUCAUAAUGGAAUUUUCUUCAAGAAAGAUGCCCAUAUUUCAAUAAAUGCUCACUUAAUGAUAUACGCAAUAAUAAUCAUAAUAAUAAUGAUAAUGU